AUGACCAUAACCCUCCACUUCGUGCGCCACGCCCAAGGUUUCCACAACCUCUGCACCGCCAACCACACCCUCCCAGACCCCCUCCUCACCGAUCUCGGCAAAGCGCAAUGCACCACGCUUUCGCAAAGCUUCCCCUCCCCCGAAAAAAUAACCCACAUCGUUGCCUCCCCCCUGCGCCGCACCCUGUAUACGGCACUCUACUCCUUUCCCAGCGCCAUCGCCCGCGGCAUCAAAGUCAUCGCGCUCCCCGAAAUUCAAGAAACAUCCACUCUUCCCUGCGAUACCGGAUCUGCGCCCGCCGCCCUGGCGGAGGAAUUCGCCGGGAGCGUGGAUUUGGGGCUUGUGCACGAAGGCUGGAAUAGUAAGAGUGGAAGAUGGGCAUCCAAUGCGCCGGCGAUUGAGAAGCGCGCGCGCGAAGCACGCGUUUGGUUGAGGGAAUUGGGGAUGCACGCGGAAAAGGAGGGGAUGGAGGAUGUGAACAUUGUGGUUGUGACGCAUGGAGGCUUUUUGCAUUAUUUUACGGAUGAUUGGGAAGAUUCCUCCCUCUUUGUCGGAACCGGCUGGACCAAUACCGAAUUCCGCUCCUAUAAUUUCCGCGCCGCUGAUUCCAGCGAUCCCAAUGCCGCAGUUCAGGAAACGAAGGAAAGCAGAGAGAGAAGGAAGGGAACUGAGAGACCACUGACGGAUGAUGAACAGAGGAAUUUGAGAGCUGCAGCGGAGAGCGGGUGGCAGCAAGAUGGGUUUCAACAGAAGGUAAAGAAUGAGGAGGGGAAGGAAGUAGAGGUUGCUGCUUAG